UUAUUAUUUAUUUGUCCACAUGUUGACCGAAAUUGUGUACUAGUUACGAAGUCCGAAGACCCUGGUUUAGCCAAUAAAAUUCUCCAGUAUAUCUAAAGUUAUAGUUUAUGGAAAAUUCGAUUGAGGUUCCUUUCACAACGACUAGUCGUUCUCUCAACCAGCUGGGUGUAAGGAAUCCACCAGCUGCUAGUAAUAAUAUGAAGUUCGAAUGCCAGAAGAGCGUCAACAUCAUCUGCGAGAAAACGGUACGAUACUCAUUUGUCAGCCAUCUCUCCGCUGCUUUAAGCCGGGAAGGCAUCUCUGUGUCCGUAAAUGAUGAAGAUUUUCAGAAUCAGACGGUGAAUGAUUGGGCUACAGUUUCAGUGGUGGUUAUUUCGGACCUGGAGAAGCCAUGGUUCGCUAAGUUGACCAAGGUUACUGAGCGUAUGGACAACAACGGGCACCUGGUGGUUUCGGUGAUCUACGGCGUCGAUCCAUUGAACCGUGGCUUCCAUUUGGUGAGAGAAUUUCUGAAGGCAAGAAACAUAAAAGCCCACCGAUCUAGGAGCUCGACUGAUACCAAACACAGCGACUCUGAACUAGUGGAAGAGAUCGUUGGAGAGGUGUAUGAGAUGCUCUUUCCCACGGAAAGAAUCGGAAUUUACUCGAAGCUAUUGGAGAUUGAAGACUUGCUGUGCAAGCAACCGUGGGGCAUCCUCCGAAGCAUGGGAUUGUGGGGUAUACCAGGGAUAGGCAAGACGACGCUUGCUAGAGCAGUCUUUGACCGUAUGUCAAAUGAUGACUACGACGCUUUUUGCUUCAUUGAAAACUUUGAUGAAGCAUUUCUUAAGAAGGGACUUCACGGUUUGGUCGAUGAAAAAAUUGGUAAAGUUCUAAAGGAAAAGUUUGGCAUAAACAGUUCUUACAUUAUGAGACCGAGCCUUCUUAAGACCAAACUAUGCGAUAAAACGAUUCUUGUUGUUUUGGACGACGUGCGUGAUCCUUUGGCAGCAGAGUCUUUCCUUGGAAGGCUCGAGUGCUUUGGUCCCGGAAGCUUGAUCAUCAUGACCUCUAGGGAUAAGAAUGUGUUUCCAUUUUGUUAGAUCAGUCAAAUAUAUGAGGUUAGAGGUUUAAAGGAGCACGAAGCGCUGCAGAUAUUCUCUCAAAGCGCAUUCGGAAAAACGGCACCGGAGCAGAAUCGCAUGGAAAUGUCAAUGAAGGUGAUUGCCUAUGCUAAUGGAAACCCGUUGGCUCUCGAAAUUUAUGGCCAAGAGCUUAAAGGGAAGAUGUCAGAAAUGGAUGCUGCAUUCGUCAAGCUCAAGAAAGAUCCGCCGCACACGAUUCGCGAUGGCCUAAGGAGUGUAUAUAAUUCACUUGGGAAGAACAUCUUUUUGGACAUUGCUUGUUUCUUCAGGGAAGAGAAUGUCAACUAUGUGGUCCAAAUGCUUGAAGGAUAUCGUUACUUCCCACGCAUUGGAAUAGAUGUUCUUGUGGAGAAAUGUCUGGUAAAUAUUUCAGAAAAUGUAUUGCAAGUAAGUAAUCUGAUCGAAGACAUGGGCCAAGAUAUCCUCAAUGGAGAAACUGAAAGGUGCACCAGAAUGUGGGAGCCUUCUAAGAUCAGAUAUCUACUAGAAGAUGAUAUAGUCAAAGCAAGUGGAGGAUCCAAAGCAACCCCUGUAAGAGCAUCAUUAACGCAGGACAUCGAAAGCAUGUCUCUAGACACGUCGGACUUGAAAAUUGAUGUCAAACACGACGUCUUCAAAAAUAUGUUUAAUCUCAGAUACUUGAGGAUAUACAAUUCUAGCACUAAAGAUGUCACUGGACUCAACUUUCCCAAUGGUCUUGGUUCUCUACCUUGUCAGCUAAGGCUCCUCCACUGGGAGAACUAUCCCUUGCAAGCUUUACCACAAAAUAUUGACUUCGGCCACCUUGUUGAGCUCAGUAUGCCUUAUAGCCAGCUUCAGGAACUCGCGGCAAUAACCACCAAGAACCUAAAAAUGUUGAAGAGGAUCAGGCUUCGUCACUCCCAGCAGCUAGUUAGAUUUGAUCAACUUUUAUAUGCUGGAAACAUCGAGCUAAUUGAUCUCCAAUAUUGUACAAGACUUGAGCGUUUUCCAGACACGAGUGAGUUACAACAUCUCAGAGUUGUUAAUCUCUCAGGUUGCACAGAGAUCAAAAGUUUCCAAGGAGCUCCACCGAAUAUUGAGGAGUUACAUCUCCAAGGAACCAGUAUAAGUGAAAUACCAAUAUCCAUGGUGACCCACUCCUCGCAAGUAAAGCUGGACCGCAAGAAGCUUCUGAGUAUUCUUGAUGAGUUUGAGGAUGAUGAGCAUAUCGAUUUGGAGAGUGUAACAAAUAUGGCUAAAGUAAGCUCAUGUACUCGAGGUUUUGGCAAGCUUGUCCACUUGAAUAUGAAAGAUUGUUCCAAAUUGGAAUGUCUUCCUGACAUGGUCAGUUUAGAAUCUCUUCAAGUUCUUCUUCUGUCUGGCUGCUCAAGGCUUGGGAAAAUUAAGACUUUCCCAAGAAACAUGAGAAAGCUAUAUAUUGGUGGCACCGCUGUACGAGAAGUGCCACAGCUUCCCCAAACUCUAGAAUUCUUGAAUGCUCAUGGCUGCAAGUGUCUCGAGUCAAUUGAUUUUGAUUUUGAGCAGCUUCCUAGGCACUACAUCUUCAGUGAUUGUUAUAGCCUUUCUUCACAACUGAUAGCUAAGUUCUUAGAGAAAGGUCUGACAAGAGUAGCAAAUUUAGCACGAGCAAAACAACAGGAACUCAACGAGGCACCUGAAGUCAGCAUGUGUAUUCCUAUAAAGGCACGUCACAGAGCCUUGUUUAGUUUGCAAUUUUCUUCAAACGCAAAGAUAGACUUACCUCCGUUGAUACAAAAAUCUCUUUCUGGCUUCGCUAUGUCAGUUGUGGUAUCAUUUAAGGAAGAUUACCACAAUGCCUUAGGUUUUGGGAUUAGAUGCGUAUGUACAUGGAAGUCUGGAGACGACGAGCCUGAUCGAAUAUUAGAGAGAUUUUAUCAGUGUUGGGCCCCUCUGGAAGUUCCAAAAGUUGAACGGGAUCACAUCUUUGUCUUCUACGACACGGGAAUGCAUCCUAGUGCUAGUGAAGACAGCCGUCCCGAAGUCACAUUUGAAUUCCACACAGUGAGUUGGGGAAACAAGCUUUUAGGUGAUACUUGCAGGGUGACGGAAUGUGGUGUCCAGGUAAUUAAACCUCCAACAGAUGGAAUAACAACUGAAAGUGAAGCUAUAAGAAUUAUUGAAGAUGAUCUUCCUUCUCGUCCUUCUUCCAGAGAGCCAGAGGCAAAGACUCGUUCUCUUUCAUCCAGAGAUAUGUUGCGGAAGUUGGUAGGUUGUUUUUCGCGGGUGAAGAAGAGUAGAAAAGAUAGAACCAAAACGCUAACAGAUCGUGAACGCAGUGAACGCGAGGCUUUCAAAUUAGCCCUGAACACUGCGGAGAAUGCUGCGGCGAACGCUGUUGUAAUUAUUUGAGUCUCGCCAGCGGCAACUUCUGCUCUUAUUCUACUCUCACCACCGUGGUAUUUUUCAUUAUUUUCUUUGUUCUCCAUGUUUCUUUUUUUGGUCGCUAGUCUCUACCGCUGCGUUUACGUACCGAACAUGGCUAUUGUUGUUGUAAACUACCGGAAAUUGCAGGCCAUCUUCAUCUCUUCUUUGUUUACUUUGUUUUUGCGUUUUUGUUCUAGAAUAAGAGAAAACGUUUUUGGACUUAGAAAGCUUAGAGUGAAAUAGAUGGAGAAACUGAUUUUUCCCAUACAACAAACAUCUCAUAGCACAUAUUUAUACAAUAUCUUAGCAUUUUUAGUUAAAACUUAAAAAACAGUUUCUUAACUUCUACUAAGAACCCCACUCUGAAAACUUCAGGUUAAUCAUGGUCUAAGAACCGGUUUUUAGCAUUUUUAGUUAAAAGUUAAGAAACAGUUUCUUAACUUCCGCUAAGAACCUUACUCUAAGAACUCCGGGUUAAUCAUGGUCUAAAAUUUUGCACUGUUCGCGGCCCCCACCAACACGUGGCGGCCCGCGAUUGGUGCGUUUUUUAAUUUUUGUUUUUUUUAGUCAGAAAAAAAAAAAAUUUAGAAACCCUUAAAUGGGUUUUAGGGAUAAUGGUGCUCUAAAAGCAUAAUUAAUGGGGUUCUUAGAGUGAUGUUCUUAUCGGAAUAUAAGAACCCCGGUGAUCAGGCUCUAAUCUCUGUUCACUCCACUCCUUACCUAUACUUUUAGUUCUAGACUUGGACUAAAAUAUCAAGCCAAACACAAACACUACAAGAAAACAGGGGGAUUCAGAUGGCUGAAAUGGUCAGAAAUUCGUCGGGAAUAGACCGAUUCCGACGAAUUUCUGACGAACCAAUUCGUCGGUAUCAUUUUGUCAGAAAAAAGUAUUCGUCGGAAUUUCGUCAGACCUUCCGAUGACUUUCUGACGAAUACCGAGAAACGUCAUUCUGACGAACUUACGACGAUAUUCCGAUGCGGACACACGAGACCAGAGUUCAUCGGAAAGACUAUAUACCGACGGAGAACGUUCCUCGGAUUAUACCGACGAACGUAGUCCUCGGAAAAUACCGACGGACUAUGGGGCGUUGGAAGAUACCGACGGACAAUGGUUCGUCGGAAUAUUUCGAGGAACCCUCUCCGUCGGUAUUUUCCGACGAACCAUAGUCCGUCGAUAUAGUCCGACGCCCACAAUUCGUCGGAAUAUAUCAAUUUUAAAAAAUAAUUAAUUUUGCAUUUUUAUAUAUUUUUUAUAUUAAAAAUUAAUUAA